AUGCCAGCCCAGCAGAAGAAAAUUAUCUUUUGCAUAGCCGGGGUGCUGAGCUUUGCUUGUGCGCUGGGGACCGCGGCAGCCAUCGGCACGCAGCGGUGGGUUAAGGGGAUGAUACUCUGCAAGACAGGAGCCCUGCUCGUCAACGCCACUGGCCAGGAGCUGGAGAAGUUUAUUGGCGAAAUCCAGUAUGGGCUUUUCCACGGCGAGCGUGUGAGGCAGUGUGGGCUCGGGGGGAGACCUAUCCAGUUUUCAUUUUUUCCAGAUUUGCUCAAAGUUAUCCCUGCAAGUAUCCAUGUUAGUGUCAUUCUCUUCAGUACAGUACUGAUCAUCUUUGCUCUGGUGGGAGCAGGUUUCUUCAUGUUCAAUGCUUUUGGCAGCCCUUACGAAACUCUGCAUGGCCCCGUCGGGUUGUACCUCUGGAGCUUCAUUGCCUGUUCCUGUGGUUGCCUCAUCAUGAUUCUCUUCUCUUCAGAAGUGAAAAUCCACCACCUUUCAGAGAAAAUUGCUAAUUUCAAAGAGGGAAGUUUUACAUUCAAGACUCACAGUGAACAGUUUGCAAAUUCAUUCUGGAUCAUCCUGGUUUGCUCCCUGGUGCACUUCCUGAACGCCUUGCUAAUACGUUUUGCUGGAUUCCAAUUUCCCUUUUCAAAAUCAAAAGAUUCAGGGACAAUCACUGGAGCAGUUGACCUGAUGUAUUAG